GCUAGACGUCCGAAGAAGCAGAGCUCUCGGGAACUGUGUCUGCAGCCGGACUGCAAGGCCAAUCAAAACACUGACAACCUAUAUUGCUGAAAUUAUUUUACAACAAUUUGUGCUCGAGUGAACUUCGAGAUGUCAGAGAUGAGUUUAUCGAUGAUAUUCCCAGCAAUCAUAUUCACAUUGGCUUUCUUACUUAUGGUCACAAGCACAGAAAGCAAAAGAGCUGACUCAGGAUCAACCAUCGCUAAUUCCAUAAAGGAUGCUUCCAUCAAAAAGAACAUCAUGAGAGCCGGAGUCAACAGGGGUCUGAAGGAAUGCCGACGGCUUUUUAAGGACGAGGUCUGGGACUGUAGCUUUUAUAACGAAAGCGUGACUGGAGAAUUACCUGACUUUAUUCUUACAACUCUGCCUUACGCCAAUAAGGAGACGGCGUUUUUACAUGCGAUCACCACCGCUGGCAUCCUUCAAGAAAUCCUUUCCAAGUGCGAUGCAAACAAAAUUACCGAAUGUAGUUGCAACAAAAAAAGACGGCAAUCGCGUGGAUGCAGCGAAAAACUGUUGUUUGCCGAGAAGAUGACGCUGAGUCUCCUAGCAACUGAACGACAAGGGAACGACGAACGAAGAACAAUCGACAAAGACAAUAAAAAAGUGGGAAUACAGGUUUUCAAGACGAAUUAUAAUCGUAAUUGUCUUGGCAGAGUGACUAGAAAUUGUUACAAUUUUCAAGACGUCGCAAAUGAACUCAAAAAUAAAUAUCAUUCUGCCAUCAACAAGACGAACAAGGCACAGCAGCUCGAUAUUGGAGGGGUUUUCCAACGAAAUAAUAUGCAAGAACUCACUUAUUGGGAUCCGUCGCCUGAUUACUGCGUACACGAUGUGACCACUGGCUCACCAGGCUUGAAAGGAAGAGUCUGCGGAAAUGAUGGCACAAAAACACGCCAAUGCAGAUUGCUUUGUAAAAAAUGUGGCCUGAAACUCCGGAGAGAGCAGCGAAUGAGUCCAGAAAAAUAUACAGUAACAGUCUGCAUGGAGAAGAAAACAGUCCACCCAUUCAAAAGUUUAAAUUGAGAAAUUAAUCGUUUGGUCUUACGUGGUCAAGGCAAUUUUAAUGAGAAAAAGUCGUCGAGGUUUAGUCUUUUAGGUCAGGUUCUUCUUGAUGGGCUCCUAAAUCCAUCGCUUGUAGAUUUUAGUGAUACAAUGAACCCACAUUUGUGACUUACGCUAUAUUAUCAGGUCUAUAUAGCCAAAUAUUAUUGAACUUUAGAGUGCUUAGAAACGCAUACGUCGACCGCUUUCCAAGAGGGAAGUACAUGUGGUUACAAUACGAGAUUGUUAAUUGAAGGGAUUUGCUCGCAUGGCGUUAGAGUAUCACAACUAGUUCACACUUUGUAACAAGCUGUACUGCUUGUUGUUAAGAAUUUUAGUAGAAAUAUUUUACCCUUUCCCUUAUAUCUAUUUAAAGAAUCCCUCUGUCCUCUCGUAAUUUUGUAUUAAAAUGUGCAGUAUUAGAGAGGUGCAGCAAAAGAUCUGUUGAAAAAAAUCUUUUAGAAAAGUUGUAUUUGUAUACUCUUUUGUAAACGAAACCAAAAUCGAUUAAUUUUCGUUUAAUCGAACAGUUAAUGACGAGGCACAUCUGAUAAAUAUGUGUUGGCCAUGUUUAAAACUUUUUCUUCUGGGAAAAACUGAAUAAUAAAUGAAUAAAAAUGGUUUUGAAAAA